UAACUGGCUGGCUAAGCAGGGGGAAGGACAGUAUUUUUGUCUUUUUGAUAGAACAACGCACCACCAGGGCUCCCAGAGGAGGACCGCACCUGGGUUGUGGCCGAUGCAGAACGGGGAGUCUAUGAGCCCUCAGGACUCCAAGGCAGCGGGGGCCGAGGCCAUGGAGGAACAGAAGGCCCAGAACCAGAGCCAGUCACAGGCUUGUGUGGAGCCCUCGGCGCCUCCACUUCCUCCUCCUUCACCACCACCCCCAGGACCACCAGAUUAUCCCAGACCUAGACUCAUCUUCCACACCCAGCUGGCUCAUGGGAGUCCUACGGGCCGCAUCCAUGGCUUCACAAACGUCAAGGAACUGUACGCUAAGAUAGCUGAAGUGUUCAACAUCUCACCAUCAGAGAUCUUGUUUUGCACUCUCAACUCCCACAAAGUGGACAUGCAGAAGCUACUCGGAGGUCAGAUCGGACUAGAAGACUUCAUCUUUGCUCAUGUCAGAGGGGAAACUAAGGAAGUGGAGGUUACUAAGACAGAAGACGCGUUGGGCCUCACUAUCACAGACAAUGGAGCUGGAUAUGCUUUCAUUAAGAGGAUAAAGGAAGGCAGCACCAUUGAUCGGUUGAAGUCAGUAUGUGUUGGUGACCACAUUGAGGCAAUUAAUGAUCAGAGCAUUGUGGGGUGUCGGCACUACGAGGUGGCCAAGAUGCUGAAAGAGCAGCCGAGGGGUAUACCCUUUACCCUCCGUCUGGUCGAACCCAAGAAGGCUUUUGACAUGAUUGGAAUGAGGACCAAAGCACCAAAAUCUAAUGACUGCAAGAUGGUGAACGGGAAGGAGACGCUCCGUCUUCGCUCCAAGGGGUCUGCGACAGUUCAGGAAGUGCAGAAUGAGUUUGAAGAGCGAGCCACCAAGAAAGUGGAUGACCUGCUGGAGAGCUACAUGGGAAUCAGAGAUCUAGAGCUGGCGACCACCAUAGUGGAAGCAGGAAAAGACAAGAAGAACCCGGACGACUUUGCAGAGGCUUUGGACUCAGUUCUGGGAGACUUUGCUUUCCCAGAUGUGUUUUUGUUUGAUGUAUGGGGAGCUAUUGGAGAUGUGAAGAAUGGCAGAAUCUAGAUAUUUACCAAAAACAAAGACUAAAAGCUCUGACUGAUCAAACUAGGGAGGGAAACAUGUUUUGAGGUUUUUAUCUUACCUUCACAGACUUCAUAUUAAUUUUUAAUCGCUUCAUUUACAAACAUCACUGCAUUUGGGACUACAAUUAACCCUGUAUAUUCUUUCAAUUCUGAAGGAAAAAAAUGCCUUGAUAUAGAGAGCGAGUCUUUGUUGUUUAACUGAUACAUCUUUAAAUCACUGUGGUAAAUAAACACAAAACACAUAAUACUUCUGUGCAUUGAAAUCAAGCAUUUAAUAUCACACUUUUUGUGUAAAUUAAUCAUUUUCUUCAGAUCUUCAAAACAUACAGAUGAAAAAAAAAAUACUUCCAAUGCAUAAAAUGAUCUGCAUUUAUAUUAAUUAAAAUGCAGGUUUUGUAAAAUCUUGGCCAUUAUGUAAAGGAUGGGAAUACAAUCAGUCAGGAAACUCAACUAAAGCAGCAGCUAAUCAGUCAGCCAUCUAGGAAUCAUGGAAGAUAGAUAAGAUAUACAGCAGCCCCUUUUCCUCUGAUGAAAAACCACUGGGAUAAACAGGAGGAAAACAAAAAGACAUAUCUGGGUCAUCCCACCAUGAAUGUAUUAGUUCUCCUUUAACAAUUCUGUGACUCCUGUACUGACAAACCAGAAGUAUGCAUGUAUGAUUUAUGUUUGCCAAGAUUGUCAGUUUGUUUAUGUACAACUUGCAGAACAGUAUCUGCAUAUUAUCUCACACGAUAAUCAUAAAGUCUCGGGGACAAUCUCCUGCUGGAUGGCACAGCUCUGGUAUUUCCCACAAGAUCAAAGUUGUCAAACAGGAACCCAACCCAACUUCCCACGGUUAAGAUGUUAAAACAAAGCUACUGUAUACUCUUGUAAAACCAUUUGCUUGGAGUUUUCUGCACCACUUUUGCCAGAAAAUAAUGAAGGUCUUCAUACGCAUAAAUGCACCAGUUCACAGCUUUUGCCAUGUUGCAUUGUUGAAAAAGAAAAUAAAACUACUUCAUAUCUGUGUAAAAA